AUGCUUUCUUCUGGCUCGCGAUCUGGGAGUGUUGCUGAGAGAUGUGCAGUUGCAGCUGGUGAGAAGCUCCCUUGUGGAGGGUCUUCAUUCAUCACUCAAGCAGACUGUGAAGCCAACAACUGUUGCUACGAUUUGAGCAGCAGCACCAGUCCAUGUUACUAUGGCAAUGAUGUGACUGUGCAGUGCACCCUUGAUGGCCAGUUUGUGGUGGUGGUGUCUGAGAAGGUGACCCUUCCUCCCUUGGAUCUUGGGUCCCUCCAGUUGGUGGACAGCAGUUCCAUUGGCUGCAGUCCUGUGACCAGCCUGUCCAGCUUUGUUGUGUACCAGUUUCCAGUCAGUGCCUGUGGUAGCACAGUUCAGCUGGCUGGUGGCAAUGUGACUUACCAGAACACCAUGUCUGCUGCCAUCGCUGUGAGGAGUGGUCCAGAGGGCUCCAUCACCAGGGACAGUGUCUACAAGUUAUUCUUCCAGUGCACCUACUCAGGAAGCCAGGAUGUGCAAGUGGAGGCUGAGGUGUAUACUGUGGCGCCACCUCUUCCAGUAGUAGAGCAAGGGCCAUUUGACCUGGAAUUGGUCAUUGCAACAGAUUCCUCCUAUGGCUCCUACUAUGUGGAUGCUGACUACCCAGUGACCAAAACUCUGCGGGAUCCUGUGGCUUUGGAAGUGCACAUCGUGAACAGGACUGACCCUAACCUUGUGCUGACUCUUGGGGACUGUUGGGUCACCCCAGGACCUUCUGCUUCUAGUCAGCCCCAGUGGAGCCUUCUGGUGAAUGGGUGCCCAUACACGGGAGACAACUAUUUGACCAGCUUGGUGACUGUGGACAGCACAUCUGGAGUGGCCUACCCAAGUCAUUACAAGAGAUUUGUGUUUGAGAUGUUUGCUUUUGUGGACCCUGUAGCUCGGCAAGCCUUGGCUGAAAAGAUCUUCAUCUACUGUGUUGCUGCUGCCUGCUAUCCCUCUGCCACAGACCCCUGUACUCAGAGCUGCCCUACAAGAAGAUCUGGCAGAGCUGUAGAUAAGUUGGAAGAAUUGGUUCAUCUAGGAAGAAUGUGCUCCUUCACAGUGGUCCUGUCGUUAUUGAGGCUGAACAGAUGCAAAUAUCCACAAUGAAGCAGGAAGCUCCUCUUACUACUGGAUACCUGGUACUGGGCACUGCAGCUGCCAUGUUGAUGGUGGUCCUGAUUUUGGCUGUAGUUGCUGUGAGGAGGAUGAACAGUCAAAAAUUGAAUCUGAAACUUUAAUAAAGGCUCUUUACUUCA